AAAGGAAAUCGCUUGUUUCAGGAAACUGACAGAGUGAGCUGUCUUUCGCAAAUGAACUCAUACCAUCAUGUCAGAGGAGUAUAAUAGAACAACAACCAUGGAGGUGGACAAGGCUUUUAUCAAAUCCAAGAGGGGGAUCCUGAAAGUAGCAGAGAUGGUAACUCUGCUUGUGGCAUUUGUGUGUUUCGCUGUAGCCUCCACACCAAAGUACAUUGCAGCCACUGUGUUGGAGUUUCUGCUCACUUCCCUCCUUUUGGUGCUGUAUGUGUUGAAACUCAACAAAAGGCUGACUUUCUUCUUUUGGCCUCUCAUUGAUGUUUUUAAUUCAGUGUUUGCCGCGGUCUAUUUUAUUGUCUUAAGCCUGAUGGCAGUGACUACAUACACUGUCACAGGCACACUGGUUGGAGGGAUAGUUGGCUUAAUGUCAGCUGGGCUGCUGUGUGUGGACAGCUACAUGCUUUUCAAAAACAUCACAUUCAACAAUCGAAGAAGUGAAGCCCAGCAUCAAGACCACCAAUGACUACAUGAAACUAUUACAAUAUACUUUGUGAGCAUUAACAGGUUCAAAUCCACACCACUGAUUAAUUUACUUUAAAGUUAUUGUAAGGUUUUAUCCUACAAUGAUUCAGAGUCCCAGUGUUGUUAGUGUCCCAGCAUAUCUAACAUUCCAACU